UCCUUCUUGAAUUAAAAGGACUGUCUUCUUCAGUUUGAGAAUGGAGAUUUCUUUGUUUUCUCUUUGAGUUCACAGAAAUGAAAAGAAUGAAAGCAUAAGGCAUUGAAAACUCUUUAUUCUUUCAUUAAGCAAUAAGAAGCAAUUUUCAGACACUUCCGGAAGAGCCAGAAGACCUUUUGUUUUGUUAUUCUUUGAUGCUAAGGAAAAUAUCUCCUCAUUGCUGUUUGGAAGAAGACUCGAGAGGUACACAGGCUAGUCAUAGGAGUGCCUUCCACUACCACUGUUCAGGUGCUUCAUUUUUAAAAAGUGUUUUUUUUUUUUGUGUGUGUUUGUGAAGCUACAACUUUAAAUCAAAUAUGAAAACCUGUAAAUCCGGUAAUUUGGAUUCAGGUGUAGAAUCAGACAGCCAGUGUGGAAGUGGACCAGGCUGUGUUGUGAAGUGCAGUUCAGAAAGGAUGGAGAACGCUGCCAAGAGAAGACUGGCUGCCAAUGCCAGGGAGAGAAGACGGAUGCAAGGACUGAACACAGCCUUUGAUCGUUUGAGAAAGGUGGUUCCACAGUGGGGUCAGGAUAAGAAGCUCUCCAAGUACGAGACCCUUCAGAUGGCUUUGAGUUAUAUCAUGGCUCUAACAAGAAUACUUGCUGAAGCAGAAAGAUACAGUACUGAAAGAGAAUGGAUACGACUUCACUGUGAACACUUUCAUCCAGAGAGCUACCACCAUUAUACGGGACAAAAAAUGGCAACGGACAGUGAUCCUUACACACAGCGAAUACUCAGCUAUCACCCUGAUCACUUUCAAAUAGCUAAUUAGAACUUCUUAUGAACUAAGAAUAUGCAGCAGGCCAGAUGUGUAAUUUAAUAAUUAGCAAGAGUUAAUCUGCUUGAAUAAGGUAAUAUUGGCAUUAUAAUAGCUCAUUUGUGUUUGCAUCUUACACUACUUUGACAAAAUAAAUUUGCUUUGAGAACUUUAAAUCAGUAUACAUUUAAGAAGAAUUUAUUUAAUGCUGAUGGAAAGCGUAGUUUUAGUUCGGCAUCUUUCAGACAGUUGCUUGCUAGUUCAUUUGACUCCUUUAAAUAAUGCUUUUUCUUUGUUAAUCAUGAUUCAUGACAGUAUUUUCUACCAGUCACAGGACAAAUUGACCCAUGGUGUGACUAUAUGGAAUAACACUAGAAAUGAAUUUAAUUCCAUGUUUUAUUUUUACAUCAGCUUUAAAGUAAUUCUUUGUUUUACUUUCAUAUAAAUGGCCCCCAUGGGAAAAGUUUUAUAAUGUAUUGGAGUUCUAGUCCUCAGAGAACUAACUUUCUUAAACUUUGUAAGUUUGACA